AUGCCUCGUGAUGCCGGCCCCCGCAAGCCCACCCUCAAGCAGCUGGCGAAGCAGAAAGCGAAGGACAUCAAGACCCGGGAGCGCAACGAGGCGACGUUCGCAUCCGCCGUUCAGCACUCCAAAAGCACCAUACUCGACGUGGACAUGCGGUUCAUUCAAGACACGCUGACCCAGAACCCGACUUGGAUUUCUCCACUCGCUGGUCUGAUCCGCUCGGGCUCGUUGAAUGGUCUUCUGAAGGACGUUGCCAAGAAGGAGGAGACCGGUGGACUGAGAUGGAAGGGCAAGUGCACCAAAUGGGGCAGUUUGCCGCUUGAGAUGGCGAGCUUAAUGCUCAAGCAUUGCGGUGUGGAGCUCGCGGAGGACGUACAGAAGGACGAACCCGUCGUACGGACCCUCUUCGAGAUCCAGUUCUGGGCAGCCAAGUCGGCGUCCUUGCCAUCUCGUGCGGACAUUCGCUAUCAGUCCACGUUGGUCAAGUUAGCGAGGGCCCGCAUGGAGGACGUUGGUCGCAACUACAUAGCUGCGGUGAACUCGGCGGAGGCUAUCAGUGUUGACCGGGACAGGUACAACAUCUGGUCACUUAGAACAACACGUUGUACUGCCACGUCUUUGCCACACAAGAUGGACACCCUCGCCUCGUACCUCAGCCACGAGCUUCCUACUCUCCCGGACAACAAGACGUGGCAAUUGGACGCCAAGUGGACCUUCGACUUGUCGUCGGACGCAGACACCACGGCUGGCCUCGGCGACAAUGUGCCGCAGGGACCUCCAGCUUUUUUCAGCUCUGCGUCGGACAAGCGUCGGACAGUUGCAUUUUGCAUUCCCUGCGGGACACACGGAAGCCUCAAGGGCGAGAGCUACAAGUUCAAAGAGCCGCAGACCAAGGUAACGGAUGGACAUCGUUUUUGGCACAUGCGUUGGUUUGUGGACUUCCUCGGAGGACACGAGUCUCGAAAUUUCCUCGCAGGCAGUGUGUCGACGUUCAGGAACAAGCUCUUCACGAUUGCAUGGCCCUGCUGGACAGACACGGAGGACGCUCUGAAAAAAGAGAUCGAGUCGCACUUUCUCCAGAGUUCGUUCUCCCUCCUCAAGCAGCAGGAGCACGCUGCAAACGCCGAGAAGAAGGGCACCAAACGAAAGGCAUCCUCGCAGCAGAUGCAGGACGACAUGGAGGACGACAACGAGCAAGCGGACAAUGAGGAGCACACGGGUGACCAGAUGGAAGAGGUAGCAGCUGGACGAAGCACACGUUGUACAGAGUUUGCCACGUCGAGCUUUGCAACGAUUGUUCUUUUGCAUCAAUGGCACCAGGGUAUGCGCAAAGAUGCCAAAUGGAAGAAGCCGGCAGAGGAGGUAUCCAAGCUGGCCGGGGAGUUGCUUCAAGGCCUCGCUUCCUUGUUCCUGCAGACCCCGCAGGACUUCUCAUUCACGUGGGACGGAAACACUCUGGUGCUGCCGUUCAAAGGAGGUUCGCUGGACGUGGACGAGGUUGUACUGCAAAACAGUUUACUUGCUAAAGUACUACACCGCGAUCGUUCCCGAUUCAUGGACGUGCUGCAGGAUGUGAAUGUGGACUGCACCCGUCGGACAAUUGGAGACACUCGCAAGUCAUCUAGUUUGAGGACGAAGUACUACUUGUUGGCGGCUUUGGCACGUGCCAUGGAUUCGUCGGACGACACGCAUUCCUGCUGGACAUCUUUGAAUGUGAAGCAAGUGAUGAGCACCUCCGGAUAUCGUCGGUCGUCCACGAGUUUUCGACAAGAGGUUGCGAGUUCAUCGAAUGCCACACGCAGGACACUUACCUCCACAUUGCAAGGACAUGCGUUCACCGUGCAGGACAGCAGCGAACAGCAGGACGAACAAAAGAUCAAGAAGCACGCUUCUAUGGACGCACACAGGCUAGCACGCAUGGAGCGAUACGCCUAUGUCACGCAGGGCAAGUCAGAUUUCCUCUCGACGGACAUUUUGUGCGUGGUGGUCCAGAAAUCGUCCGUCUUGUCGGCUGAGCAGUGGAAAGCUAUGUGGAACAAGGCUUCCAAGAAGUUCCUCGGGAUCGAGAAACCCGUUGGACCUGGUCAUGCGGAGGACCGGCUGGCCACACUGUCUUGGAUGCAGGACAUAAACCACGGCUUGCGACCCAUUGGCUGGACUUUUGGCUGCUGCCAGAGCACGCCGGCCGGCCCCGCGGAGGACGACACGAAGGCUAAACGUGCACCGAUCAUGAUUUUGUGCACCGACCAAGAAGCAACACAGCUGGCGGCUGUCUCCUUCUUGAGGAACAAAAAGAGCCUCUGGAUCGAACACGUCUCGGACCCCGCCCACAGGUCGCACAACGACGUGGCUUUGGCCUUGUCGGCCGCUGGACUCCUGAAGUUCUGCACAUGGUGCAUCUCGCUGUACAACAUCAGGUAUGGACCCUGGCAGAAGGGCUCGUGGGCGUUGAAGAUCCAGCAAGCCGCAAAUCGCAUGAAGGACAACAUGGACCCCUCGGACCCGAUAUUGCUCCUUUUCUUCCCGGACAUUCUGCUGGACGCCGGCCUCUCCCCCCUGGACGACAACACGGAGGAGAAACGCAGGUCGUUUUUGCAGACAUUACCCGACAUGGACUGCAUCCGCAUCAAGGGCACGAAGGCCAGCAAGAGUCGGUUCAAUUCCCUGACGACGGCCCACAGCGCGCUGGACAAAGAGUGGUCGGUCUUGGCUUUAGUUCUCACGGUGGUCUGCUUGGAGCACAACUGGGCAGUUUCCACUAAGGACCUCUUCUCGCAGGACAGCAACCAGGCCCGUGCCUCGGUUCCAUAUGGUGGAAGCAAGUCUUCUGCCAUACAGGAGGCCAAGCAAGGCAUGGACCAGGAGCGGAAGGGCAGCGCGAACAGUCUACACUUAAUGACGAAGUUCGUGAUCUCGCAGGACAACAAGACGACAGCCAGGAUGAUGUUCCAGGUCUUGCAACCCGAAGAGCUUCGUUGUUCGCUCAUGCUCAAGCAGCUGCGUUCCAAAGGCAUGACGAAGGACUACUACUCUGGCUGGGCACACUGGUCUUGGAUGAGCACUGCAAAGGACCACGUCAGGACUUUGUCGAAUUUGGAAGGUUUAUCUCGUGUCGGCCUCGACCUGACACUGGCACGCGCACAACCCCCGGAGGAGACAGAGCUUGUCUGGCAGGACUCGCUCGCAGGCCAAAUGACGCAGUUGACACUACAGAUCCUGCGGCUGCGGGCCGGGGCACAGCUGUACCAUACUGGAGGUUUCGGUGCGACCGCAGGACUAGUCCAUGCUGAAGAGCAGUUCCGUCGGGCAAGCUUGGAUUUUUUCAAAGAGAUGCAGUCUUGUAUCCAGGACACGCACAGUGGUGGUUCUCGUAUGGCAAAAAAAUUGCUCGAAGGUCAUUUCUCCCAAGGGCCGAUUAGUCGGUACAUCCUCGCCGAUCUUUGCACUACCCGGUUUCAGAGCCUUACGGAGGACGUUGCACACGUAUUGACCAGCAUUUGGUCGGGCCUCUUGAACACGAAGAUCAUCGAAGACUGUAAUAAAGUCCAGCGCGAGGCCGAGCAACGACAUUCGUCUUCGAAGGACUUGGGUCGUUUGGACGGAUGGAAGGCUGUGACCCAACAGGCCGUGGUCAAGAUGUACGAGAGGGUGGAGGCACUGUCAACGGAGCUCUACCACACGCCGGCAGCGUUUGACGUGGCCAAACUUUUCUGCAAAGACACCGAGAAGAAGAAGAUUCAAGCAGUUCGUCGUCGUUCCGAUUCGUCGGUCAGCACGCAGGUCAGUGCCUCGGAGGUGCAGGAAGCACAGCUUCUUGCAGACGUGACGAAGACGAGGGACUGGGUCUCCCACAACCACGCCGAGGAACAGGAGGUUUUGGCUGCCUUCAGUUUACUGAUGAAGGCGUGGAGGGCCAAGCGAUGGUCGCUUUGUGAAGAAGGUUGGUGCUCUGGACUUUUGCCCGAAGGACAUGUUGUACUGGCAGGUGCAGACCCGUUGUUCAUCGUUCGGACAUACCGUUUGGCUGCACUCGCAUGGCCCGGCAAGAUCGUUAAGGACAAGGACCAUGAGUUUUCGAAUUCAACAUGGGCGUUCGGUCUCUCUUUUGGAUGCACAGCACAUCUUUGGACUUGGAAGUGUUGCGGCUGCGAGUUGUUUCACCUCUGCGUGCCUCGGCUGCAGUACAGUUGA